UUCUUGACAUACAUACAGCGGUCACGUCACCGCCCGCGACAGACCUCCACGGAAUACUGCGGACCGACUUAGGGGCGAUCAAAGAGGGGGAACACAAAUCGCAUGCGUCGUAUACAGGCCAUGCCCCCUACCCUUCAUCCUUACCUCAAGCGGGGAUUAGACUUCGACGCCUCAACUAUCGACCCCAGGGACCUCGUGGAAGACCUGCCCGCCGAACACCGCGACGCACAGAACGAACCGGCGAAGCGGAGGAGAGUGGAGGCAAUAGCGUUGCAGUAUUUGCGGGGAGGCGCACCACUCAUACUCACGGCUCGCCUCAAGGGCCCCUUCAACAGCAAGGAAUGGCAGAACCCAUGGGCAGAGAAGCAGAGGGAGGGCAUGGGUGGGCCAAGCAAGCAGGCGGCCAAGCAGGCACUGGGACAGCAAAAGACGAGGUCCACGGCACCACAGGUACCUUCUCCAGAGGCAUCAAGGGCCCUUGGACACACUGAAGAGCAGCUCUACAGCCAGCCAGACCUCGAACCGCUGCCAGCCACAGCUCUCAUACCGGAUGAUGACGAUCAGUCCGGCCCCACUGAAUUCUUCAGCAUCGACACGGAGCAGUUCAUUGCCAACAAAAGUCCAACCAACCCCUUCUGGCUGCGCCGUCCUGCUACAAAUAUAUCUUUCCCUACAAACAGUCAGACGGAUAUGUCCCCGAGCAGGGUGCGACAGAGAGAUCACAGGUAUAGCUCUCGGAAGAGCCUGCAGCUUGCGCUCCCGAAGGAGCCUCUAGAGGGUCGACAAUUACCUAUACAUGCAACCCCACCAGACGAAUGGCGAUCGAGCGCUUCAGCCUCGAUGGACAUAUCGAGCCCUGCCACCGCCAUCAAGCACCAAGCGCUGGAGCAGGACCCGUUUCAUACGUCCACAACCAAGAGCGUACCAGAUUCUUCAAGAUUACGAGAAGACUCGGCGCAAGAGGAAGAAGCUCGUAGUAGCCAGGUCGCUCAAUACGCGCAAUUUGAAUCAGCUGCUGAGAUGCCUACGAGUCUCUUGAAGGACUCGACGGCAAUUUACCCAGAAGCCCACCUACCACAGCCACCUCACGCGCAGUCUUUCGACUCUCUCGUCCCAGCUACUACGUACAAGAUGCCAAGUACAAUACAGGUCCCUCAAUCAAGCCCGACACACGGAGUUGCAGGAGCAGGGAGGCUUGCUGGACCUUUAAGAGAAGAAAUACAAAGAUCUGCGGAACGAUUUGUUGGCUUCAUGCCCAGGUCGACGCGGAAGCGGGGGCUGUCAUCAGUCGACCGAACAGCUGUAACAGGAUAUAGCCUGCCACAAAAACAGCGCCACGAUCUAGUCGCUUCACCAGCACCAGACUCUUCCACAGGCUUUAUGUACAGGCGAGUCGGUCAACCAAAGGGUGGGACUGCUGGACAAAAAGCAAAGCCGAGAGCCGUCAGCUCCCGCUCGUCGUCACCUGCCAAGAAGAAGGACAAGGAUUCUUCCGUCGCAGCCCCCGAGUCUAUAGCUCCUGUCGCCGAGGUUGAAGCACUGGAAGACGUGCCAUCCAUUGUUGUCGCUGACGCAAGGGAAGAAAGUAUAGUGCAUCGAAACGAAGGCAAGACAGAGGUUCAGGAAGGCGAGCGGCAGAUGGAAGAACAGCAAGAGUCGUACAGGUCGAGGCAGUCACAGUACUCCACCCAAGCCGCGAUGCUGCUGGCACAGCUUGAGUUCCAAGAGGACUCGUCACAGUCCUUAAUCUCAUCCCUGACUCCACGGCCAUGGUCACAACAAGCACAGAAUACACCGCCGGCGCUUCUGCUUCAGCCCAGCCCUGCAAUUACGCCUCUGUCGGUCUUCAAUGCUCAUACGGACCUCUCCUUCAGUGGCCUCGCUGGGAGUAAUGUUUCGGAUGGACCGCCGAUUAGCACGCAAGAUCUCUUCGACGCAGCAUCUCCUUUUGCGUUCAGUACAGCAAAGAAGAAGAGUCAACGUCCGCGGCGGACUAGCAUGCGAUUUGCUCUGACGAAGCUGACUGAGAGCACGACUGUAUUGAGUCCCACUCCAUUGAUAGAGCGAGUGCCUCUCAAGGAGAAGAACACAUCCACAACAUGGAGCGUCGCGCAUGAAAGGUCGUCCAUGAACUCACUGAAAGCCGCACCGCAAUCACCUCAACGCACUACGAACGACGUUGAGUUACCCCAACUCGACUUCCACACGUCACUGGACUUCGGCCCAAACGCCGACUUUACUGACUACUUUCUAAAGGACUUGAACAAUCAACCUUGAAGCAGUGUUGAACUGCCCAAGAAAGCGUUCGU